CCCACUCCUUUCCUCAUCCACUCCCCUAUCAGCCCUCAAGCACUGUCGCAUAUCCUUAACAUGGGAGUCACUGGGCUACCCAAAGCUAUAAAAGACACCGAAGGAACGCUAGCUUAUGAUCUGCAGAGCAAGAAAGUUCAUGUCGAUGUCUUGAGUCUGUACUUUGGAUUCUUGCAAACAAGGACCUUCAAAGUGACGUGUAAAAGAGUCGCCAAGGAAGCGAGAUCUGAGGCAACGGCUACGACAACUACCAGCGCAUCAGCGCCUUCCAUUCUAACAGAAACGACGACCUUUCUCGCAGUGCCCACAGCCCCCGCAGUGCUCACAGCCCCCGCAGUCUCCACAGCCUCAGCAGCACAAGACGCGCCUUCUGCUGCAGACGCCAGCACUAGCAGGAGAAGCGGCAUCAAGCAGCGCGCCCUGAGUUUCUCCGAGGCUCCAUCCAAGCGAGGAAAGGCUUGCUCUAGUUAUGCGAGCGAGAUACAGGCUACCGGAGUGCAACAUCCUGCACUGUUCAUUGGCCCUAAUGGACGAUUGACACCAGACCGACCUGGAACAACAGAGCAGUCACAGAACUACGGCCACAUAGCGCAUGAUCUCAACAAAAUCAUGUCAAAGCACUUUGGCAAAUCGACAACAGUUUUACACUUUGACGGAAAGGCCUCGAUACAAAAGUCUCAAGAGCGACAAGAUCGGGCCAUAUCCCUCAGCAACCGGAUCAAGACUCUGAAGGCGCGAGCUGACAACGCCAUAGGAAAAAACAGCGGCUCUUUGGCCCCCCUGUACAAGCAAUGUCGAAACGCGUACAAGACAUCCAAGCAGCGCUGGCAGACAUAAGAAAUGGGCUGGAGCCCUUGGAGUGGCACACCUGUGAAUGUCCCUUCCAAGCAGACACGCACAUUGCCGAGUUAUAUCAAGCUGAUAAUAAUAAAGACGACCUCGCAAUCAUUACCGCCGACAGUGAUAUGAUGGUAUAUCAAGGUGUUAGAGAAAUCACUAUACCCGUCGGAAAGUACCGAGAGCUUACCACGUACAAGAAGGCUGACCUGCUCGAGUCUCUGGACCUCGCAUACGACCGUGAGCUGUUGCUGGCAUCAAUCGUUACUAAGAACGACUACUCUAAGGCACUCCCGUGGCACGGCUUCCAAAGAAACACCAAGAUCAUCCGAGAGAUGAGGACCGAGACCGGAGCAGGCGAUG